AUGGCCAGUCCUACCGUUCUCACUUUUGACUCUGAGGGCCGUCCGAUUAAGUUUGACGUUUGGCUCGAUGACCUGCACCUGUUCCUCCAGAUCACUGCUAAGGACGAUGUUUCCCUGUUUGACCACACGUCCGGCGCCGCUCCCGCACCUGCUGCUACUGCUGACAGCACUGCUCGCUCACAGUGGCAGACCCGUGACGCUCAUGCUCGCCUAGCCGUUCACAGCCACCUACCGUUAGAUGAGCGCGAGCACUUUGGCCAGCAUAAGACCGCUAAGGAGCUGUACGAUGCUGUAGUUGCACGCUACUCCUCCCCUGCUACUGCUGCGAUAGGCCGUCUCUCACUGCCCUAUCUCUUCCCCAAUCUGUCUGCUUUUGCCACUGUAGCUGACCUCAUCACGCACCUCCGUACUAGUGAUCUUCGCUACCGUGCCACGCUUCCCCCCGAUUUCCUAGCCAAGAACCCUCCCCCGAUGUACCUCACACUCUAUCACCUAGUCACCCGCCUCCCUGACUCCCUUCGCACUGUCAGGGACCACUUUCUCGCCCUCUCCCCUACCGACCUCACUGUCGACCUACUCGAGAAGGAAAUCCUAGCAGCUGAGAAGAGCAUUGUAGCUGUAGGUGCCUCUCGUGGCGACCCUCGCGCCCCCUUCUUUGAGGGGUGCUUCCCCGUCCCCCUCCUCCCCUCCAUUGCAUCUGCUGCUGCUGUCGACUACCUCGGUGCUGAGGGGGUCGGGGCUGCGUCUGCUCCUAGUGGGAGGCACAAGGGCGGCAGGGGCAAGGGGGGCAGGGGUGGCGGAGGUGGCGGCGGGGGCGGCGGUGGUGGAGGGGGCGGGGGUGGUGGCGGUGGUGGGAGUGGUGCUAGUGGUCGGGGGGUCAGUGGCGGAGCCGAGGGUGGUGGCGGCGGCGGUGGUGGGGGUGCCGGGGGUGGUGGCGGCGGCGGUGGUGGGGGUGGCGGGGGUGGUGGUGGCAGUGGUGGCGGCAGUGGAGCUGGUGGCGGGCGCGGUGGAGCGGUGCAGCGUGGGGGGUUCGGCGGUGGCCAGAGGCAGCAGCAGCAGCGUCCCAGCGAGACCCCGUCGCCCCAGCAGCUCCGUGAGUGGUACUCUCAGCGUGGGGGGUCAGGGGGUGGGGGUACCUGCCCGUACGUCAUCCGCACAGGUGACCGCACUGGCCAGACCUGUGGGAGGUUUCACACGGCGCAGUGCUGCUUCUUUCGUCUCGACGACGCCUGGUGCGAGCAGUUCCCUGACGCCUCUGAGCUGCCCCGCUGGGCUGAUCUGCUUAAAAAGAACAUUGAUAUCUUUGCUCUUGAUUAUGAUGCUAUCCUUGGUGCCAUUAAGGCUGCCGCUUUAGGUGCUAGUGCGUCUGCUGCUCUAGGUCCUGGUGAGGCUGCUGCUCUAGGUGCUAGUGAGUUUGCUGCUCUAGGUGCUCGUGCGUCUGCACCUGCUGGUACUGCGUCUACUGAGGCACUGCACACCUUCACACUUGACUCGGGUGCUUCCCACUGCUUCUUUCGUGACCGCACAGUCCUUGAGCAGCUAGCACGGCCUGUUGCUGUCUCCCUCGCUGACCCCUCUGGGGGCCCGGUCCUUGCGACCUCCUCCACUGUCCUCCCUUGUCCUGCGGUUCCGGCCGGCACCCUGUGUUGA